GCGGGAGUGGCCCGGAGUGUGGCCGGGCAGGGGGAGUGCGCCUGGGGCGCCUAGCGGCCCGUGGCCCGCCAGCCCAGCGGCUGGACCAGGCAGACAGGGCGCAGAGCCGGAGCACUGUCCUGCCCCCCUGCGGCGCUCCCGCCCCCUCAAAGUGAUGUCGAAAUAAAAAGCACAGCGCUGCGGCCAGGACGAGAGAGAGGCAGCGAGAACCGAGAAAGAUAGCGGGGCCAGCGCUGCCGGGGCUCACCGCUCCAGUUUCCAUCGCUCGGCUGCCGUCGCCCCCACCCUAGCCGGCCCCUGUCGCCCACCAGGCGGACAAAAGCGACCCGCUGCGCACCAUGCGGUCGCUCUGCCCGCCGCCGGGUCCCCACUGGUGAGCGCCGCUACCCGCGCCCGGGCCGCCGUCCGCCCCGCGCACCGCACCCGGCUCCCCGCUCUGCCCUGGCCGCGUCCACCCGGGGGCGCCGCCCACCACGCCUCACCGGGCCGCUCCUGCCUCCGCACACAUCCCGAGAACCAGCCGCGGGCCAUGGAGGUGGCGCCGGAGCAGCCGCGCUGGAUGGCGCACCCCGCCGUGCUGAAUGCGCAGCACCCCGACUCGCACCACCCGGGCCUGGCGCACAACUACAUGGAGCCCGCGCAGCUGCUGCCUCCAGACGAGGUGGACGUCUUCUUCAACCACCUGGACUCGCAGGGCAAUCCCUACUACGCCAAUCCGGCCCACGCGCGGGCGCGCGUCUCCUACAGCCCAGCGCACGCCCGCCUCACCGGAGGCCAGAUGUGCCGGCCACACUUGUUGCACAGCCCGGGUUUGCCCUGGCUGGAUGGGGGCAAAGCAGCCCUUUCCGCUGCUGCCGCACACCACCACAACCCCUGGACCGUGAGCCCCUUCUCCAAGACUCCGCUGCACCCCUCGGCUGCAGGAGGGCCCGCAGGCCCGCUCUCCGUGUAUCCAGGGACUGCCGGUGGGAGUGGGGGAGGCAGCGGGAGCUCUGUGGCCUCUCUCACCCCCACUGCAGCCCACUCUGGCUCCCACCUCUUUGGCUUCCCACCCACACCGCCCAAAGAAGUGUCCCCUGAUCCUAGCACUGGGGCUGCCUCCCCAGCCUCAUCUUCUGCAGGGGGUAGUGCUGCCCGGGGGGAGGAUAAGGACGGUGUUAAGUACCAGGUGUCACUGACAGAGAGCAUGAAGAUGGAAGGCGGCAGUCCCCUGCGCCCAGGCCUGGCCACCAUGAGCACGCAGCCUGCCACACACCACCCUAUCCCCACCUACCCCUCCUAUGUGCCCGCCGCCGCUCACGACUAUGGCAGUGGGCUCUUCCACCCCGGAGGCUUUCUGGGCGGCCCGGCCUCCAGCUUCACCCCUAAGCAGCGCAGCAAGGCCCGAUCCUGCUCAGAAGGCCGGGAGUGUGUCAACUGCGGAGCCACAGCCACCCCUCUCUGGCGGCGGGACGGCACCGGCCACUACCUCUGCAAUGCCUGUGGGCUCUACCACAAGAUGAACGGGCAGAACCGGCCACUGAUCAAGCCCAAGCGGAGGCUGUCGGCCGCCAGGAGAGCGGGCACCUGUUGUGCAAAUUGUCAGACAACAACCACCACCUUAUGGCGCAGAAACGCCAAUGGGGACCCCGUCUGCAACGCCUGUGGCCUGUAUUACAAACUACACAAUGUUAACAGGCCACUGACCAUGAAGAAGGAAGGAAUCCAAACCCGGAACCGGAAGAUGUCCAACAAGUCUAAGAAGUGCAAGAAAGGGGCGGAGUGCUUCGAGGAGCUGUCCAAGUGCAUGCAGGAGAAGUCCUCUCCUUUCAGCGCCGCUGCCUUGGCUGGACACAUGGCCCCUGUGGGCCACCUUCCACCCUUCAGCCACUCGGGACACAUCCUGCCCACGCCGACACCCAUCCACCCCUCCUCCAGCCUCUCCUUUGGCCACCCCCACCCAUCUAGCAUGGUGACCGCCAUGGGCUAGGGACAGCUUUGCAUUGGACACAGAUAGAUGUGAAGGAGGGUGACUGGCAGAGGGUGACACACCCUUCACUGUCCAUCCUUCCCCGGAGACUGACACCGCUCCUGACAGCCCUGCCGGAACCCAAAGCCACUGUCUUUGGGGGCGCCCAGUGGCCUGCCGCCAUUACUGUGAAUAUUUUCCACAGGCCAAGGCUGCCUCCUGACUGUGUGCAGCCCCGGCAGGCUUUCCUUCAUGGAGAAUUUUUGCUUGGAGAGCAAAAAAGGACCACUUUAUGGCAAGAGAAGGAGAGGACAGGGGACAGACAAAUGCAACCAUUUUUUGAAGGAAAAGAGGAAUAGGCAAAAAUAAUUUAUUUUGCUCUUGUUUCUAACAAGGAGGUGUAGACUUGGAGGCCUGGGCUGUCCCACAUUCUGUGGAUUCUUCCUUGAGGCCAACCCCCGCGUGACCUGGCUGUGGAGGGGACAUCUGUGGGCCUCAGCCUGCACCCGCUUUCUCCCUAGCGUUCCUCUGUGAGACCACUGAACUCCAGCCUGGGCUCAGCCAUGGUCAGAGGGGCCAGUGGCCCAGGAGGGUGAGCGCUUGCCCUGCCUGCAGCCCUGGAGGGCAGAGACAAUCGCGGGCGGUUCUGCACAGGUUCCCAGGCCAGGGCUGGGUCACAGGAAGGAAACAUUUCUUGAAAGGGGAAAUGUCUCCCAGAUCUCUCCCUUGGCUUUGAGGCCAGAGCUGGCGUGACCCGUGAUCCCCCAAUGGGCCCGGGCCCAGGCCACAGGCCGGGUUCUCUGCCAGGUAGACCCCUGUAAAUAUUCUUUUUCUGCUAACCCCUUGACCC